UACUGCUUUGCAUUUUAAACGGUUUAAUGUAUUUCCCUAGUAGAAAAAUGCACAGUCCUGGAGGCGCUCAGGGGGCGGGGCGGGAGCGCAGCUGAGCCGAGCCGGGCGCGUUUCUCGGCGUUUCAUCAUAAGGCUUUUCAAGGAUUUUUUCUUCCCCCUCUUUUGGUCUCCGUUUCAGCGUCAGCUGUUGUGAACCCAGCAGAACGAUUUCCUUUCGCGGUACCUUUACCAAACUGAAUGGAAACGCUGACUGGCUUCUUUGGACUUUAAGCCUUUUUUUGUUUUUGGGAUUUUGUGUGUGUGUGUGUGUGUUUUUUUAAUGUCUGAUGCAACGGAGCUCUCGGCAGAGGAAUGGGGCAGUGGUUGAAUGGCCGCGGGUAGUGAGUGGGGGUCUGGCCGAGGUAAGGGCAGCACCGUACAUUCCCCGGAGUGAGAGAGCUGGAGAGCUGGUGUGUUUGCGGGAGGUUUGAGUGCAUGAAGUGGCAAAAUGAGCAGAGUUGUUGUCCUUGCAACCUCGCUGUUGCAGGAAAAAGGGGGAGAAAAACUUCCCGUGCCUUCUUGGCAAAUCAGGAGGCUUUGUUGGUGGCGCCGGGGUGGUUUUAAUGCAUUUUGUGCGUGAGAUUAUUACAUAAGGUUGAUAAUUUCUGUUGCUGCUGGAUUUCCCCUCCUCUCCCCCCUCCCCCCGUGGUUUGUGUGCGGAUUUCGCUGGCUCGCUUUGAGUGAGUGAACUGGCGAUUUGCGAAGUUGCAAAGAGCCCCUCCGCCCCCUUUUUUGCAUCCUUCUCCUCUCCCCUUUGCACUGCUCCGCAGAUGACAAAAGGAGUAAACUUCCUCUACUUUUGCUGGCAUAUUAAGAAGCCUUUCUGGAGAGAUUACGGUAUCAAAGCCACGCAUCUGUCUGUAGUUACUCUGCAGUUUUGAGCGUUUGAAGCGGUUUGGGGAGAGCAGGCGAGGGCUAUGAGUACAGGCUGGGUUUGUGUCCCCGCGGAGCGGCGGGGCAGGCUCUGCACGGGGGAGCACUACCUGAGCGCUUUGCUUUCAAUAUCUUGAGUCGGGAGGAAAGUUUCAGGUCUUGGGAGAACCUCUUUUCUUCUUCCUCUUGGUGGAAAUACCCAUAAAACCUGUCUUUGAAACCAUUGCCCGACCCAGGGAUCAGCAAAAAGAGACCCGUAAUGCCAGGAAUGGUCAGUAAAAACCCAGAUCUCGAGUUCGACUCUUUGCAGCCCUGUUUCUAUCCAGACGAAGAUGAUUUUUAUUUGUGCGGGCCGGACUCCGCUCCCCCCGGCGAGGACAUCUGGAAAAAGUUUGAGCUACUGCCCACCCCUCCCCUGUCUCCCAGCCGGGCCGGGCUCCAGGAGCACCCUCCGGGGUGGGGCCCGGUGGCGUGGGGAGGGGCGGCCCUGGGGGGCUGCCGCCCCACCGAUCCCCUGGACUGGGCGUCCGAGCUACUCCUGCUGCCCCCCGAGGCCGACCUGUGGGGCGGCGCGGACGGAGGGGACUUCUUCGAGACGGGGCCCGGCAUGACCAACAAUCUCAACUCCAUCAUCAUCCAGGACUGCAUGUGGAGCGGCUUCUCCGCCCGCGAGAAGCUGGAGCGGGCGCUCACCGAGAAGCUGCAGAGCAAGGCGCUCGCCGCCGCCGCCCCGCCGCCACCCCCGGGGCCCGCGGGCGGCCCCGCCGCCGGGAGCGGCCGCGCGGAGCUGGGCGGCGCCGUGCCCGAGUGCGUAGACCCGGCCGUGGUGUUCCCCUUCCCCGUCAACAAGCGGGAGGCGCCGGCGGCGGCGCCGGCGGGCGGUGGGGCUCCGCGGGGCGGCCGCUCGCCGCGCCCCGCCGGGGACAGCCGGGCCAGCAGCAGCAGCUCCGGGGACGACACGCUCAGCGACUCGGAAGAUGAUGAAGAUGAGGAGAAAGAGGAUGAAGAAGAAGAAAUAGAUGUUGUUACAGUGGACAAAAGACGCUCCUCCAUCAACAAGGCUGUUACCACCCUUACUAUUACAGUGCGUACUAAAAAUACUACUUUUCCAUCAGUCACGACACAGCAGAAUGGACUGAUUUUAAAGCGUUGCGCACCAAUUCACCAGCAGCAUAAUUAUGCCGCUCCUUCUCCAUACAUGGAGCCUGAAGAAGCUCCACCGCAGAAAAAGUUAAAAACCGAGGUGCCCCGUCCGGUGAAACCCAUGAUCCAACCAAAGCCUAAGAGUUCAAGUCCUCGAAACUCUGAUUCAGAGGAUAGUGAACGUCGACGCAACCAUAACAUCCUGGAGCGUCAACGACGUAAUGAUCUACGGUCAAGUUUCCUUACACUAAGGGACCAUAUUCCAGAACUGGUUAAAAAUGAGAAAGCUGUGAAAGUUGUGAUCUUGAAAAAAGCCACUGAAUAUGUUCAUUCUCUUCAGGAAGAGGAGCAAAAAUUAUUGCUAGAAAAGGAAAAAUUGCAAGCCAGACAACAACAAUUGCUAAAGAAAAUAGAAUACAAGAGGACUUGCUAAACUUUUUUUUUGUUUUGGUUCUUUUUUUUUUUU